GGAAGUGUAACCGCGUUUGAGGUCCGACUCCUUCAGCUGGCGGAACGUUUAGCAGCUGGACAUAAAACUGCUAACAGCUCCUGUGCUUUCUAGACUUUUGUAAUUAUGUCAGGCCCAAUGAAAGACAAGGACGCCUACCAGAGACUGAACUAUCUCUACCAGGCUGCACAUUCUGUUUUAUCCCAAAACCCUGAAAACGUGGAGCUGGCUCGUUUCUACUGUUUCACUCAGAAGACCAUAGCUCGACGUUUAGUUCUCAGACAAGACCCAUCGGUGAAGAGAACAUUAUGCAAGAAGUGCUUCUCAUUGCUCAUCCCCGGUGUGACUGCUUCAUCAAGACAACGAAGAAAAAACAACAAGACCCGCUUCACCGUGAUGAGGUGCCUCAGCUGUGGGCAGAACAAGACGCUGCUGAAUGAUCCGGAUCAUCGUUUGUGGGUGGACCGUCCCGAGGCUCAGCAGGUGCAACAGAAGAAACCAGAUUCAGGCUCUUCCAAUAAAAAACAGCCAAAAGCCAAAAAGCAGGACGGGUCAGAAUCUUCUAAACCAGCAGCCGCCCAGAGCAGCACCAGCACCACGUAGCAGCAGUUCUCCUCCUCUGACUGUGGUAUAUGAAGGACCGCUAUUUCUUCUUUUUUUUUUUUUUUUAAAGAUAUGUGGAACUUUG